CCGGGACACUCCCUUUCUGCACCACUACUUCUGCGGAAAAGCUGAACUCAGGAGGAGCAUACACAUUCCAGUUCGUGUUUCCACCUCUCUAACUGAACGACUCAAGAUGUCCACCAAGGAGAAGCUGAUCAGCCAUGUGAUGAAAGAGGAGCCUGUUGGCAGCAGGAACAAGGUGACGGUGGUGGGUGUCGGCAUGGUGGGCAUGGCCUCUGCCGUCAGCAUACUGCUCAAGGACUUGUGUGAUGAGCUGGCCAUGGUUGAUGUGAUGGAGGACAAGCUGAAGGGUGAGGUCAUGGACCUGCAGCACGGAUCCCUCUUCCUCAAGACAAAGAUUGUGGGAGACAAAGACUACAGUGUGACAGCCAACUCCAAAGUGGUGGUGGUGACAGCUGGAGCCCGUCAGCAGGAGGGCGAGAGCCGUCUGAACCUUGUGCAGCGCAACGUCAACAUCUUCAAGUUCAUCAUCCCAAACAUCGUCAAGUACAGCCCCAACUGCAUCCUGAUGGUGGUUUCUAACCCAGUGGACAUCCUGACCUAUGUGGCCUGGAAGCUGAGUGGUUUCCCCCGUCACCGCGUCAUUGGCUCUGGCACCAACCUGGACUCCGCCCGUUUCCGCCACCUCAUUGGAGAGAAGCUCCACCUCCACCCUUCCAGCUGCCACGCCUGGAUCGUCGGAGAACAUGGAGACUCCAGUGUGCCUGUCUGGAGCGGUGUGAAUGUUGCUGGAGUGUCUCUGCAGGGUCUGAACCCACAGAUGGGGACUGAGGGUGACGGUGAGAACUGGAAGGCUAUUCACAAAGAGGUGGUUGAUGGGGCCUAUGAGGUUAUUAAGCUGAAAGGCUACACCUCCUGGGCCAUUGGCAUGUCUGUAGCUGACCUGGUGGAGAGCAUCAUUAAGAACAUGCACAAAGUUCACCCUGUGUCAACACUGGUCCAGGGCAUGCAUGGAGUGAAGGAUGAGGUGUUCCUGAGCGUCCCUUGUGUCCUGGGCAACAGCGGCCUGACAGAUGUGAUUCACAUGACCCUGAAGGCCGAAGAGGAGAAGCAGGUGCAGAAGAGCGCCGAGACCCUGUGGGGCGUACAGAAGGAGCUCAUCCUGUGAAGAGCCUUCCUCUGAAGCCACUCUGACGCCCUCCUCCUGUACCCCUUACUGCAACAGGCGAAUGAAACCUCUGAAUGUCUAAGAAGUGUGUGUGUGUGUGGGCUAGAUUCUAACUUGAAAUAUUAAAACAUCUGUUGUUGUCCUGUCUACAGAACAAAAGUGUGGCCUCUACAUUGUAAGGGUAAACACUUUAUGUACUGUAAUGUUUCUGUGCCCUGUUACUGCUUCUCUCUGCACUCCUUGUCUGGAGUUUGUAUUUGUUCUGUGUGUUCUGUGAUUGUUGCCAGUUGUUUUUUUCCACUUGGUCAUCUCUUUAUUUUGGAGUCUAAUGGAGACAUUCCAUUCACUAUGAGGAGAGCUUCCUACUUAGUCAUAAUGCUGCUGCACAUAUCACUGGGAUAGAACCCUGUGAUACCAAAGUACCUUGAGUAAUCAAUGCUAUGUUUACUGGUUGGCAUUGAAGCCUUUGUUAACCAAUCUAACCACAAGUGCACUGACAGAAACAUAUUUUAAAAGUCAAGGUUUAAGAUGCUGGUUAGAAAGGAGAAUUAGAAUGGCUGCCAACAAAGUGACUUAAUUUAACUCUUAAGAGAUAACAGAGAACCAAAUGGGAAAGAGUCAGCUACAAUCAUGGCAGAAACUAUUGACCCUGGAAGGUGUUUGUUUGCGCACCGUAAAUACCAUAAAGGGUUUUGUAUUUAUUCAACUUCACUCUGGUAAAGUCAUCAAGAGAAAAAGGACUGUUAUUUAUAAUUGUUAAUAUGGUUAGGAUCAUGUAAUGUUACAACCUUCACUGAGGAAUUGUACCUGUCAUGGCAGCUAGAUAUUGAUUAUUUUUUGCUGUAACAUUGAAUAAAUCUGCCUGGAUAGUGAAA